ACGGCAAACAAUUUUUUUAUAAUGAAAAUUACUUACUGCAGGUUUAAGUGACUGCUAACUCCCACCUGCAGGUGGCAAUACUUCUUUCUUCGCCACUGCUGCCUCAGUCAUACUUGAAUUUUUGUUAUAGUCCUUGACAAAAAUUCACAUUUACCGUCACACAUAAAUCCAAAUAUUUCUAAACUGUUAUUUUGACGGCAAAAAUAACAGUUUUGAAUGUGUGUUCAAAACUGCACACAUUUCUUGUCCCUUUGGUUUUCUCCAGCUUCAUGAUUGUAAUUUUGCUCUGAAAGGUAGAUGGAGUUUACCACUGAAGUGAUGUUCGCCACUACUCUGUUAGCACAUUUCUCCCAAGUUUUUUUGUCAGAGACAUAAAUCAGGGCCAUAUUUACCAGGAAACUACAAGUGUUUUCUUUCCUCAAUUCUUAAGAUAAAGUUCUCAAAAUUAGGGUCAUGGCAUGAAAAAGAAAAAAGAUAACGCUCUUCCAAGUGUAGAUAUUUCCACAUCAGAGUGUUCUAAAAAUGGUUUAACAUUUUAACAGCCCAUUCAACAGCAAUAACUCUCAGUAGAUGUUUACUAUGUGAUUUUAUCAGCGUUAGAGCAAUGCUUUACUUUCUUGAGGUUUUAAGCUGCAACGAAUCCCAUAUCAUCACACCUCCAGCACCAUGCUUUGAUUCUCAAGAGAAUACACAAGAGAAAUUGGCAGAUGGCAAAAAUUGGUUGAUUUUUAGUUUGAUCGACCCUUAUUAGUGACUGGAUGAUUGCAGACUUGCUCUUUUUGAGAUCCUUCCUGUUGGAAGCUAGAUGUUAAUAUCAUAAGUGAACAGUUUUGUCUUUGCUUCAUAAUGUUGUUGCGUCUCUGUUUUACUGUGAUCUUGUUGUCAUGAUCAUGAUGCCAUCUCCUUCGUCUAGUUUCUUUUAGCUGCACUGAACAAUUCAAACAACAAAUCUCUACUGACAGCAUUUAUGAUUUGGUAGUAGAUAAAUCCAAAACCUCUUAUUUACAACAACCGCAGGCCUUGAAACAUUUUUUUCUGGUAAUACAACAUGGAAAUGUAAACACUUCACCUACACUUCAUUAUAAUUAUAUGCAAAACCUGUUCUGACAAACAUUACUGUGAUUAAGCAAAAGAAAAUAACCCAAUUGUGGGAUUUAGGAUUUGAUAAAGCCAAGUGUUGCGUCGCACAAACAGGUUGAGAUUUCUCCCACAGGAACAGAUCACUACAUGGCACUUGUAGAUUCUGUUUGUUCAUUAUGUUUUUAUACUAAAAAUGUUUUUAUGUGGAAUAAUAAAACAACACAGCACUCAUUACUCAAAGGUUUAUGAUUCUGGUGUCAAAAAUCCUUACAAAUUGUGAGGAAACAUUAAAUUCUCUCUUAUAAUAUUCACACAUUACUUGAAAGAAAAUGUAAUUCUGAGUCAUUUUGCAUAAAUUAGGUUAAUGAGGCUGAUUUGGUUUCCAGAUUUAAAUUGUACAAGUUUCAUCAUAUUUCCAAAAAUAGAAAGAAAUAAACCCUGGAUUAGCUGGUAGCUAGUUUUCUGCUAGCUUAGUACGGAUUCUGCUUCAGAUAAUUUAAAUGUUUGUUAGCUGUGUCAUGGUGAUGAAAACACAAGGGCUAACUGGUGUUAGCCUAGCCUAGCUUAUGCUACCAUUAGCUAGGCUAGGCUGACUGGUAUUAGCCUAGCCACUGAGCCCAAAUGUUAGCAGUACUAAAAAAAAAAAUGAUUCUAACUAGUUACUCUACCCAACAACAACAAACUGCCGUUACGCAUUUACAUAUAUACCUAGACUUUGACUAGGGUUAAAAAAAUUAAAAAUCUAAGUAAAUUAAGGGAGUGAAUACUUCUUCAGUAGCUACACAGCAUGACUCUGACUCAUUUUACCAUUCUUUAGGAUGUUGCUGUGAUUUUCCUUAAAGUAACUGCUCUUUUAGUGAUUCGCUGUUUGAAGAUCCAAGACUUUUUCCUUCCAACUCUCCCUAAAUAUAUCUCUACUAUCUGAAUCUUCACUCUUGUGACCAGGAAAGAAACCUAAACCUGAAUGCUUCCUGUAGUCCUGCAUCACAUGAACAGGACAAUGACCAGACACUCCGUUCAUUCAGCAGUUUUCUGCCGACACCCGUUUCCCCAGCUAGACCUGCCUGGACUCUCAGCUAAACAUCUCUGGCUUUCUUCAUAUUUGGCUAAAUCACAAUGAGUGGGAAGCUGUGGACGGAGGAGCAGUUCAACUGCCCCGUGUGUCUUGAUCUCCCCAAUGAUCCGGUCACCAUACCCUGCGGACACAGCUACUGCAUGGCCUGCAUCAAAGACUUCUGGAGCAAGGAUGACCCCAAAGGGAUUUACAGCUGCCCCCAGUGCCGCCAGACCUUCUGCCCCAAACCGCCCUUGUCCAGAAACACCAUGCUGGCCGAGGCUGUGGAGCAGCUCCGCAAAGGGGCCCUCCAAUCAGAAGUUCGAGACUCCAUCCGAAGCGCUCGCGGGUUGUCCUCUAGAUCCAAGUCCAGGCUGUCCACCGGAGCCGUUCUGUGCGACAUGUGCAAAGGGGAGCAGCGUGCCGCUGUGAAAAGCUGCCUGGCGUGUAUGAGCUCCUUCUGCGAGACCCACCUGAAGCCUCACCAGACCAAGAAGUCUCUCAAGCAGCAUGAGCUCAUCCCGCCGACCAGCAAUCUGGCAGAGAAGAUCUGCACCCAGCACAAGUACCUGCAGGAGUUCUUCUGUCGUCAGUGCAAGAUGUUUGUCUGCUGGCUGUGCACCAGCAAUCAGCACAAAGACCACGAGUGUGUGUCCACCAAGGUUGAGCGACAGGAGAGAGAGAAGCUGCUUUCAGACAUCCAAGCAGACAACCAGCUGAAGCUGAAACACAGGGAGCAGGAGCUGAAGGAUAUGAAGAAGAUGAUGGAAGAAGUGAAGCGUUCUGGGGACAAGGUGCACGAUGAGACGGAGAACAUUCUGGGCGAGAUGCUGCGCUCCGUGGAGCGUCUGCAGGAGCUGCUGGAGGAGGUGCUGGACCAGGCCAGCCUGGAGAAGAUGAACCAGGCCCAGGAGGUCGCCGACAACCUGGAGGCCGAGAUCAGGGAACGGAGGAAGAGGGACACGGAAAUGAAGGACCUGGCGGACUGUGGAGACAACAUCUACUACCUCCAGACGUGCGACACCAUGAGCAGUCCCCUUGACUGCGGCGACCUGCCGGCCGUGCAUGUCAAUCACAAUGCGACCUUUGAACCCGUUCUAGAAGUAGUGCUGGCCCUCAGGGACCGAGUGGAGGAUCUGUGCAAUCAGGAGCUGGGGAAGAUCAACAAGCAAGUCAAUGAAACCAAACUGUUCACUUUGGGAAACUCCAGCCGGUUGGGAGGGAAAAAAGUAUUUCGUGAUUUGUUUUCCGGUCUGAGUAAAAGCAACACCAACAACCGUAACCCGACUUCAAGCAUUUCACUGGAUGUCCGAAGUACCGACCGACAAGGACUAGCACUCAGAGGUCCCAACGUGAGGAGCAGGGACGCACCUCGAGACAGAGGAAACACAAACUCACCCAGACGGAGACGAGAGGAGAGAGAGGCUGAGCGUGAGUCUAACCCCAGCCCCACCCCCAGCCGCAGAGGGGGGCCGUCUCUCUGGAGCAGGUCUAGUCAAAACCCGGUCGCCCCUCCUGCAGCUAUGGCUCCGAUUCCAAUCCCAGCCUCUCCUAUUCCCGCUCCAGCUCCAGCUUCAUCCAGUGCGUUCAGCAGGAUGGCGUCGAUCAGCAGCCUGUUUCGCUCACACCGACGAGGCGCCAACCAGGCCACCCCGGUUAAUAACACCGCAGCUGCAGGAGGAAACCCGGGCGGGAUGGUGGAUCUGUUAGAAACACCAACAGAGAUUAACCCAGGUCUGUUCUUGGACACGCCUCUGCCGAACGCCAUGACUCAAGCUUUUCCUGCAGCUUUUCCUGCAUUGAGAGAAAUCAACCUUGACAGCAUCCAGGCACCAGAACCGAGAUCCAGAGAGGAGUUUCUCCAGUAUUCUGUGAUCCUGACCCUUGACCCCAAUACAGCUCACAAGCGCUUGGUACUCUCUGAAGGCAACACCAAGGCUACCCUGCAGGGUCCAACGCAGCCGUACGCCGACACACCCCAGCGCUUCGACGGCUGGACCCAGGUGAUGUGCCAGAGCCCGCUGCAGGCCCAGCGCUCCUACUGGGAGGUGGAGUGGAGGGGGCGUGGGUCCUCAAUGGGCGUGGCCUACGCCUCGCUGAGCAGGAAGGGCAACGACGCCCGGUCCGGCCUCGGCUACAACGCCCAGUCCUGGACGCUGGAGCUGUCCGACACCUGCUGCUCGGCGAUGCACGCCAACGAGAAGAGGGACAUCGCCGUCACCUACUCGCCCCGCCUGGGCGUCUACGCCGAUCUAUCGGCGGGGACGCUGGCGUUCUACAGCGUGGCGGACAACAUGACGCACCUCCAUAGCUUCAGGGCUAACUUCACCCAGCCUAUUUAUGCGACGUUCGGAGUGGGGAGCGGGGUCGGGGUGGGUCUGGACUUCGCCCUGGGGCAGUUCUCAUCCAGCUGUGACAGCAUUAAGAUCUGUCCGCUGUGAAGCAGCGGGUCGGAGUGCUGAACGAUUCAAAUCCCCAUCCCCUUCAUCCUUUUUCUUUAAAAUUUAAUGUAUGGAUCAACACAAAUUGGUGCAAAAUUUAAAAGUUUAAGUCAAAUUUUACAAAUAAAAAUCUAAAAAGAGUGGAAUGCAUUUGUAUUCAGUCCCUUGGAGUCAGCUAAAAUCAUUUGGGGUGCGUCUCUACCAGCUUUGAACAUCAACUCUGGAUGGACAGGGUCUGUGAAGAAGCCC